AUCUACUAUACUUUCUUGAAUAGACAGUGGCGCUUGCGCAAUCAUUCUCUCUCUUUCGGUUUGCCCCGCUCAAGUCGUGUGUUUUUGCUGUCGUCCGACGUAUGGAGCAUCCAUGAUUUCAUCGGCUGCUUGAUUCCUUCUCCAUUAUCUCUCUAUUUUUCUGCAUGAUACCCAGCCUUUGUUUGCUACUUCAUACACUUUGUAAAUUUCCUAUUCGAGGUGGAUAGAUCUCACUUCAAUAAACACCACCAUGGCGACUCCCUCAUCGAAGCCAAACCCCGGAGCGACUCCGACACAUCUGACCUCGUCGCCUCGUCCGUCUGGUGCUCAUAUGGCCCGUCCGAUUUCCCACAAAUCGCCGUCAACGAGAACGCCCUCAGCUUCCGGUCAUGGACACAACCAACCCCCCGUUUCAAUGCACCAAUAUUCUACCCCUCUCGCCGCGACUACCGGAGCCGAGGACCCCGUUACCUUCAGUUCCCCGUCGGCUCUCCUCGCGCUUGGUGGCUAUAGCGGGAUCAGUCCGUCCCCCGCCGGACACGAUGGUCUUGUCGGCGCAGGCAUGAACGAGAAUGAUAUCCAGGCAUUAGGCAUGCCGGGACUGAAGCUCGGGGGUGCUCGUGACAGCGAGGAGGAGCGCAGAAGACAUAUAGAUGAUGUGGUUCAGCUCCUACGAGCCCGAGUCUCGGGGCGGGGUGUGUGCAGGGAGGGUAUUGAGCGACUGAGUGAUCUCGAAGGGUUCGAGUCGAUUUGGCAGGAAGACAGUCUCAGCAUUGCGGGGAACUUUGUCGAUCUGGAGAUUGACUUCCACCGGGGGUAUAAUGUGGUGAAGGAUGUUAGUCUGAAGUAUGCGACGCCUGAUGCGCAAGAUGGGGAGCAGCGUGACGAGGCUACGGCGGUGCUUAAGCGCGAUUUGAUACAGUCGCCGGAGGAAGGGGACCGGGGUGCUUGGAAGUCGUUGCGUGGGUUCCAUGAGAAUCUACAGUGGCUUGCCAAACAUGAUCGGCUCAGUCAGGAGGUUAAUUGUUUCGAGGCCAUUGAGGGUCUUUACGAGAGCUUGAAGCGCGUGUGGGAGGCGGAGUGGAAACAUCGCAAGUUUGCGGGGGUGUACGACCAUCUGUGCAGUGGCUGGGUUGGCCAGCCGUGUAUGCACAAGGGGAGUCGCAUUGGACUCGGUUUGGAUUACUGGGUGCAGCAAGCACGGGUUCUGGAUGCGAAGGAGAAGCAGAGGACGUCAUCUGAUGCGAUGGUGAUUGAUGCGACGAAUGGGCAGCCAUCGGAUGAUGAGCCGAGCAGUUUGGAGGGGAAAUGGAGUAUCGUAGUGGAGUGCGAAGAGGGUUACCCAUCUCUCCGUGUGUCGAAGGACUGGGUUGGGUCUGAGGUGUUGACGGGAGUCAAUAACAAUGACAAUGGGCCGUCGUCGAGUGAGGCGCAUGGGUCUGAAGCUGCAGUUGUCAAUUGGGUUGAUCCGCCGGCGACGUUGACCAAUAACCAAGGUCACCCUGACGCCAUGGCACUUGACUCGAACAUGCUGGGCUCUUCUGCUCCUAAUCGUCGAUUCGUGGCGAAGUUGGAGCCGGCACUGGAUCUACCUAUUCUGGCAGCAUCUGAUAUCUACCGCCAUCUUGGAAUGCAAUUGCCGCAAGAAUUUAAGAUGGUCACCUACGAUGGACUCCUGGCCCCGGGCUGGUCGCCUUUGUCGGCAGCAGGAGCUAUGGGUUUGGGGCCGGAGGAGGCCUCUCAGCUUGAGCGGAGGAGACGCAGAAUGUCGGUGCAAUCGGUUGACAGUACGGGCAAGCCGUGUACGAAGCAUCACAGUUAUACUUUUCAGCCAUUUGAGUCUGUUGCUGGCCGAACAUUGAGGGAUAUCCCAUUUGCACAUCCCCGGCAACUCGCAGACAUUAUCCCGAUCCUUCGUCAGUACGCCUUUUUGGCCAACCUUAUCCGCAGCGUUUUUAGCUCCUCGUACAAGCCCGAUGAGGAUAAACCCGCCACGCCCGCUGAUUCUUCGAAUAUUUCGUCCAGUCCACCCAGGUUUACCGAUGGAAAUUCGAAGAAAGAUGUCAUCAUUCUGAGCAAUGCCGACCCGAACGAGAAGAGGCUUGAUGCAUUGCUGGGGGGCUUCGAGAAACUAGCAACUUCGCCUAGUGCUAAGGGUAAAGGCCCUGUGGGGGUGGGAAACGGAAACUCUGGUCCCGAUUCUACUGUUGAUGAUGUCAAGGUAGACGUAACGUUGCGGACGCAACUAGGACAAGCACCGGUGAUCAUGCUACUUUUCGCGGUGGAUCAACCAGACGAAGCGUCGGAAUUCGUGGAGGCGGCAUUAACGAAGGUGUCCAUUAGCCUGGAAGUUGGACUGAACGGCCGGGUCUCCGUUGUGGACAUGACGGGUCUCCUAGAUGACAAUAACACUACCACCACAGACAACAUGGAGGACACCCCAGAGAGAAAGACUCUCGAGCUGCAAAGCAAAAUCGCAAAUGUGCUGGAAAUAUCACAGGACAUUGGGAUCUUGGUGGAAUGGAUUUUACGAUGGGCGCGGCAGCGGAAGGGCCGCUGAAACUUGCAGCGGAUUUUGAGACAGUGAGAGGGGAAGGGAUACGCAUCGUCCACUGCGUCGGAAGUGGAGAGCGAUCGAUCUCAUCCAGCGGUGAUGCAAGCUGGGAUAUCCUCGACAAGGAGUCGCACUAAUUCAGACGUGGGGACUUGCCGAAGAUUCGACCGAUGUUCUGGAAGCAGACUCGGCCCAUUUUUCCUGGAUCACGGUCUGUGCAGUAUUUGCGUGGGAUGGGUGCUAGAGGCUGUCAUACACCAGUUGAUCCCAAACAAAACCAACUCUGUAACACCCGAUUCUAAACCACCUGAUAUGGACUCGGGCAUGUGAAAGGGAAUCUAAGCUUAAUGUGAUGCAGUCCUGUACAACUACUGGGAAGGGGCCAUGUGUUUGACCAUGGUGACCCUGUGGGUGUGGAGCUAGAUCC